GCCCACGGCUCGGGCCAGCACAGGGGUCGGGACCGGGCUCCACGUGUCGUGAGAGUGUGCGGCGGGAGCGUGGUUCAGUGCCACCGCGGUGCCGUUCCGCGGCCUCCCGCUGCUGCGCUCCGCUCGGCAGGAUGGGCUGGGUGCGACUGGGCGGCUGCGGGCGGCUCCCGGUGCUGCUCCUGCUGCUGCUCUGCGGGGCGGCGGCGCUGGAGCGCGGCGGCGCUGCUCGCUCGCUCCGCUUCUCCGGGCAGGUGCCCGAGAACAGCCCAGCGGGGACACAGGUGCGGGGCUUGCAGGUGCCGCUGCGGAGGCUGCUGGGCCCCGGGGAGACGGCUGGGGAGUGGGCGCUGGAAGGGGACGGCGCCUCCCACUUCUUCCUCCAGCAGCGGCCGGGCGGCGGGCAGGGGCUGCUGCUGCUGCUUCGCACGGCCGAGCGCCUGGACCGGGAAGCGCAGCCCGAGUACGGGCUCCGGUUGCGGCGACGGACGGGACGGGCUCUCCGGGAAGCACUGCUGCGGGUCCGCGUUCUGGACCGCAACGAUCACCGGCCGCGCCUGCCGCCGGCGCGGCCGCUGGAGGUGGACGAACUGGCCCCGCUGGGCACGGAGAUAGCCCGCUUCCGCGCCUCCGACAGCGACGAGGGUGCCAACGCGCGUCUCACCUACCGGCCCUGGCCGCCGGGCGCCAGCAGCCGGCAGCUCUUCGUGGUGCCCCGCAGCGGACAGGUGCUGACCGUGGGCUCGCUGCUGGGGCUGCGCCGGCUCCGCCUCUGCGUGGCGGUUCAGGAUCACGGCCAUCCGCGGCCGCUGCGCAGAACCGCGCGGUGCUUGCGCCUAGCUGUGCGCGGACGGCGGUCGGAAGACGACGGCGAGGCAGGGAGGCGGCGGCGGGAGCGCUCGCUGCCGCCGCCCGAGCGACCGCCGGGCCCUGGCUCCCGGCGCUACACGGCCCGCCUGCCCCCCGGGGCGCGGGUGGGCGACACCGUCUUCACCAUCCCGCAAAGCCGCGAGUGGGCGGCAGGCAGCUGGUUCGAGCUCGCUUCUGCCGGUGCCAGCGCCGUGGGAGUCGACAGGACGUCGGGGCGGCUCUACCUCCGGCGAGAGCUACGCGCGGGUGACCGGGCGGAGGUGCUGGUCAAGGUGCACAGCGGUGGAGGACGAGGUAGGGAGCCGGGCAGGGCCGGGCGGCGGGGAGAGGCCGCAUUUCCCUGUGGCAGGGCCCCGCGUGAGGCGGGAUGGGGGUCGAGGGUCCUCACCGAAGGAGGGGAACGCUGA